GUGAUUUCCGGCGGACUUCCUCUGGGAUGAGAUGAGGUGAAGGUAUGAACGGCUGUGGGGGAGGAGGGGGUCCACAGGUCACAUGACCCGUACCCCAUUGCUUACCGGUGUGCAGGGCUGCAGCUGUAAGAGCGGCUCCAGUCAUGCCCUUCCCCCCCUCCGAAUAAAUGAAUUCCGUGUCACCAGCAGCCGCCCAGUAUGGCAGCCCGGAGAGUCGGCGGCGCAGGAACCUGGGCAGCCGCCAUGACCCGCCCCAGAUGGGGUACCAAGAUACGGGGCGAGACGGAGCAACGGACGAGGUGGAUAAAAUAAAGAGCAAACUGCUGACCGCAUGGAACAGUCUCAAAUACGGUUGGACGGUGAAGAUGAAGACGCAUUUCAGCCGCUCCUCACCCUUAUAUUUGCUGGGCAGACACUACCACUUCCGGUACGAAGAUGACAUAGAACGAUUUCAGCAGGAUUUCGUCUCCAGGGUGUGGAUGACUUACCGACGGGAUUUCCCUGCCCUGGAAGGGACACAGCUCACUACAGACUGUGGAUGGAGCUGUAUGAUCAGGAGCGCUCAGAUGCUGCUGGCCCAGGCUCUUCUGAUGCAUCUUCUCUGCAGAGAUUGGUCCUGGCCAGAGGCACUGAACACCCUCUUUGUUGAGAUGGAGCCCGAUCAGUCGUCCUCCUCGCCCCCCCACAAUUCAUUCUCUUCUGUAUCUUCUGCCCCCCAUUCAAGUUAUCUGCAUUCUCGUGCAGCAUCCUGUCCUAGACCUCAUAUACAAAAUCCCCACCAAGAGCAUAUCCAUAGGGACAUCCUACGGUGGCUCUCAGACCACCCAGAUGCUCCCUUUGGUCUCCAUCACAUGGUGAAACUAGGGGGAAGCCUUGGCAAGAAAGCAGGAGACUGGUAUGGCCCUAGUAUUGUGGCUCACAUUUUAAGGAAAGCUCUAGAAAGAUCACCUCAAGUCCCUGAGCUGUCUGUGUAUGUGUCUCAGGACUGUACAGUGUACAGGGCGGAUGUGGAGCAGCUGCUAGAUACAGGUGAUCCUGUCACAGGUACCAGAAGCACAGGAAAAGCUGUCAUCAUUCUCAUACCCGUGCGCCUUGGCGGAGAGAACUUCAACCCAGUAUACAAGCAGUGCAUUAAGGAGUUCCUGCAGAUGCCGUCAUGUCUGGGCAUUAUAGGAGGGAAACCGAAACAUUCGCUGUAUUUCAUUGGUUAUCAAGAUAACCAUCUGUUAUACCUGGAUCCACAUUACUGCCAGGCGUACGUAGACACCAGCGUUGAAGACUUUCCUCUGGAUACUUUUCACUGUAAUUCCCCACGUAAGAUGUCUAUUGUCAAGAUGGAUCCCAGUUGCACGAUGGCUUUUUAUGCCAGAAAUCGGGCAGAUUUUGGAGCACUCUGUGAUCAUCUGACAAAGGUGUUAAGUUCAUCAUCAGCAGAGGAGAAAUAUCCAGUGUUCAGUAUCUCAGAAGGCCAAGCUCAGGAAUUCCAUGUGCCCGAGGUGCUGCCUCUCGCCUCUUACACCCUUGCUCAUCGGAAGAGGGUGACGAUGGCGAAGCGACCCAGUUCAGAUGAGUUUGAGUUUUUAUAACCUCCGGUCCAUCAGGGACUUUAUAAAGACCUGCUGUACGGGGUGGCACUUCACGUCAGGAGUGAGCCCCGAUUCCUGCAACCUGCUGCUACACUGAUCAUCUUGUCAGUACGUGCGUCAAUCACUGUCCAGACGCUAGCUCAUCCUAGGUAAAGACCUCUGCUGUGAUAUGACUGGCUAGGGAAUGUCAUGUGACCCUAGUCGGGGUGCAUUGACCGUGAAGGAAGUCCAUUUCUAGCUCUAGCCAAUAUCUGUCAACUCCUCCAUUCACUGACAACCAGCAGCUGUGUGGAAGACUAGACAAAACCAUGGCUGAUUUAUUACGCUAACACCACCACUCAUGACCAUAGGUUGCAAGUGGUAUUGCAGCUCGACCCCCAUUAUAGCGUGCAAUACCGCACACAGUCCAGGAGUGGCGCUGUUUCUGCAAUAAAGCAGCCAUGGUUUUCUUAUCUCGUAGAACCCCUUUAAAUUUAAAGGGGGUUUCUGUUCGAAAUUUUUUUAUAUACACUCUUAGGGGUCUAACCUCAGGUACCCUUGCCUAGAAGGAUGACAUGCUUACGCAGUUGUAAGGGGGCAUGGGAUUCAUUUUAGGACCCCUGAAGAUGAGGAUUCUGCUGUACCCCUUAAACUGAUCCAUAUAGACAAAGUCAAAGAAAAAAAAUCACUGUGGAGAGGGACCAGGCAGCUAGCAAACCUCAAUAAAAUGGGGGACCUAAGUAUGGACAAGGGCACCCCACCUCUAGUAGAUGAGGUGUCCACUGCUGGACCAGUGUGCCCAAAUGGCUCCAGAAUGCAAACUGGGCCACCCCAUAAGAUCAGGUGGAUGAUCUCACGGGGUCAGUGGUGAGAAGGUGUAGACUCCAUGCCAUAUGCAUUGGCUGAAUCACUCCUGCUACAGACUAGAUGAUUUGUGACAGCCUGCACUCCGUAGGCAAACCACAGACCGCCAUCACUGCUGCUUUAUAGUUUCUUCAGGGGGUGACCACAGGGAAUAUGUCCUCCCAGUAGCUGCCUCGAGAUCAGCUCCAGCUAAUGUAAGUAUAGUAGACAGUUCCCUAAUCUAUGGGCUUGUGCCCCGCUCAUUGAUAGAUAGGUGUGUGUGUGUGUUGUUGGUACUGACCUGCUGUGGAUGGCUUACUGGAAACGUGCUGUACAUGUACGUCAGCCAUUAUUUGUCAGAGAGGAUGUGUCAUCAGACAGAUGACUUUAUAUAAGGGUCAGCUUAAUGGGGUUGUCGCACCUUGAACAUUGAUAUGCCACCAACGUCAGAGAGGUGCAGGUCCUACCUCUGGAACGAGAAUGAGAGCAGUGGGCAUGUGCAGCCACCCUCCAUUUCAAUUGGAGUGAAGAAGAAAAUAGCUGAGCGCUGACUGGCAGUUUCAGAGAAGGUAAUGGAGUGGUGCCACCACCCCUUUAAAGAGGACCUGCCAGCUCCCCUGAACUGUGGUGUCAUUCCUCGGUUAUUCUUCCUGGACAUGUGUUCGCAUUCCCCUUGUUACUUGGGUGUUCCUACACGGUGCGCAGGAACAUGCCCCAUUAACAGCAGGGAGGCUCACUUAUUCAGACAUUUCUAAGAGGAAUAACAGAGGGGAGAGGUCAUCUUUUUUCACAAUUGACUACUGGGUGCGAUGAAGGAGAUGGGCUGUAUGCAAAACAGUACUCCUCUCUCCACGGAUUGAUUGGAGAGAUUCACCUGACCCUGCAACAGACCCCAGCAUCGGCCUGAAAUACAGAAUUGGUAAGCGGUUACCUUAUCCCAGGCCGUCGCUCCACUUCUUCCCUGCCUGAAGCUGUGAGGUCAUGUCGACAACACGUGAUUGGCUGCAGCAAGUCAUGUGGUGUUCACAUGAUAUCACUUUUGCAGCCAGGUAAAUAGAGCCAGGCCAAGAGGAAACCAAACAACCCCUUUAAGUAGUGUACAAUUUAAUGGCCAUCUGUCAGGAGAUUUGUCCCUAUGACAAUGGCUGACCUGUUACAUGUGCACGUGGCAGCUGAAGGCAUCUGUGUUGGUCCCAUGUUUAUAUGUGCCCGCAUUGCUGAGGAAAAAAAAAAUUACAUUUUAUAAAAUAUGCAAAUGCGACUUAAGGAACAACGGGGGCGUUGCCAUUGCACCUAGAGGCUCUGCUCUCUCUGCAGCUGCUGCGCCUUUUCCUCUUUGACAGGUUCAGGCAGUGUAAUCAUCAUCACCCCUGGCCUUGCCAAUCAGAGGGCACAGCAGUUGCAGAGAGAGCAGAGCCUCUAGGUGUAACGGUAACGCCCCCGUUGCUCCUAGAGGCUCAUUUGCAUAUAUAAAAAUGCUAUUUUUCCUCAGCAAUGCAGAUGCCCUUUAAGUGUCCUGAUAUAAAGAGAUGUUUCUGGUGACAGGUCCUGAAUAAACUGGAAUCAAACCUGAAA